AUGGUAUUCCGUCUAGGCAAGAAGGAGAAGCUGCAGACCGACAAAGGCGCCGGCAUCAAAGUGCCGAAGCCCAAGCGAUUCAAACGCAUUCGUCGAGCCUUUCAUGCUCGGGCAGAUUUGAUCCUGGUUCUCCUUUAUAGUGUUUUCCCCACUAUCAUUUCCCUGACUCUGAUCAUUCAGGAAUUUAAAAUCACCGAUUGCACUGCGAAGUUUAGCGGUUUUGUAGGCUACAUGACAGGAGCAGGUGGUAUCCUUGUGCAAUUGGUUCUAAUACUCUGCACGGUGGCUCCCACGUCUGUUGGAAGCCAGAUGGAUGGUCUGCUGAUUUGCACCGCGGCACUGCAGACCACCGGUUGCAUUGUCGGAGCUUCCAUGGUCCUGUUCCAGACCGGGAAACAGCACAUCUUUCUGGCCUCCUUGUCCCUCGUAAAUGUCGUAUUCUGCGUGAUGCCAAUCUUCCUCGGGGUUGCGUCAUUCACUGCUCGACGCAAAGCAGUCCUGGCUGAGGAAGACACGGACGACGACAAUGUUUCUUACUUUGCUUCAAUUAACGCCUCGACUCCCACGAUUAUAAAGAAGGGCUUCAGUGAGAAGAAGGACGUUGAGGAAGAUUUUGAAAGGAAGUCAGUCUUUUAG